AUGACUUCCAAAACGACCGAUAAGGAUUCACCCAAUCCAACGGAGCCUCGAUCUCCGCCAAUCCCAAAUGCUGUGAUCGAUAGAAGCAAUGGGGAAGAGAAGCAGUGGGGCUACGAUCUCUACCCGGAACGGCGCGGCGAAAAGUUCAAGCCUAGCUGGGGCCGUGUGCUGCUCGGUAUGGAGGGCACAGAACAGUUGGACAAAAUUAAAUGCGAGCGAAACGUUUAUGCAUGCGUGAAGAAAAGCCCGAUGGUGAAGCUGAUGAUGGGCGCGCUUAAAAGUUCCGGAUGCGAAAUCGAUAUCCGCCGUCACAUAGCAUGUGAAGUGUGCGACGCGUCCGUCAGCGGAGGAUACGAUCCCGUACUGAAUCAGGUCGUAGUUUGCCAGAACAUUGCCCGCAACGAGGGCAUCGUACAGGGAGUGUUAACACACGAGAUGAUCCACAUGUUCGACUACUGUAACAACGACUUGGAUUUCAAAAAUAUCGAUCACCUGGCAUGCACGGAAAUCCGGGCGGCCAAUUUAACCCACUGUUCUUUUUUGAGCGCGUGCACGCAGGGCGACGCAUCGCCGUUUAAAAUCAAACAGGCACACGCGGAUUGUGUCAAAACCAAAGCUCUAAACUCUGUCCUGGCCGUUCGGAAGGUGACUCCCGAAGAGGCCAUCGCCGCCGUGGAGCGUGUAUUUCCCAAAUGCUAUAACGAUCUGGAACCGAUCGGUCGCCGGAUACGUCGAAAUUCCAAAGACAUGUAUAAAGCGUAUAUGGAAGGACCGAUGUACGGGUACGAUGUGGACUAGCGUGG